UCCAUUAAUGGAUUUUGUCGGCUACCAUGCUUCCAUGAUAUUAUUCGAUGUAUUUUGCGAUAAUUAAGAUAACGCUUGGUUUAAUCGCUUCAAUUAUCAUUGUGAAUAUUAUUGGAUCUUUUAUAAUAUGGUUAACUAAUGCCACAAGUCCGACAAAGAGUUAUCGAGCGAAAGAAAUUGAGGAGGAAAGUAGUAGCGAUGACGAUGAUACCGACACUGAUGAUGAUGAUGACAACCUCCUUGUAGCCCAGUCUUCAUACAUGGGAGGGCGUGGUCGUCGUGGGUAAUAAGUAUGUUGUUGGCAAGCUUUAGCCGCGUGUGUACACGUCGAUUCCACCGAACCACGACUGUCUUCAAAAAAUCACCAACAGACUUGAAGGGGAGAUCGAAAAGUUCUCAAGAAUGGUUGAGCAGACAGUUGAACGACCCAUACGUGAAAAGGGCACAGAUGGGCAACUACCGGGCGAGGAGUGCUUUUAAAUUAAUAGAAAUUGACGAUAAAUAUGCUAUAUUGAGACCUGGCAGUGUGGUAAUAGACUGUGGGGCUGCCCCUGGUGCAUGGACACAGGUGACUGUUGAGAGAAUCAAUGCAGAGGGCAAAGAUGCCAGUCAUUCCAAAGGCCAGGUUAUUUCAGUUGACCUCAAGUACUUUCAGCCAAUCAAUGGCGCUGUAAUUAUUGACCAAUCAGAUUUCACUUUAGAGAGCACCCAGAAAUUGAUCUUUGAACAGAUGCAAAAGAACCAGGCUGAUGUCAUAAUCAGUGACAUGGCCCCUAAUGCAUCAGGCAUGCAUGCAAUGGAUCACGAGAACAUCAUGGUACUGUGUCAAGCCGCUUUUGGAUUUGCUAAACAGGUUCUGAGAAAUAAUGGAAUAUUCUUGUGUAAAUUGUGGGAAGGUGGACAAAGUGGAAAAUUCAAGAAAGAUCUGGCUAAAACUUUUAAAACCGUAAAGAUUGUAAAACCAGACUCCAGCAGAAAGGAUUCAGCUGAAAUGUUCUUUCUUGCCAGAGGUUUUCACAGAACAGUCUAG